ACACUAUACCAGAUAUAUACAAAUCACCACAUUACCCAAUCCUAUAAAUUCUUUCAGUUUUCAUUGCAACUUAUCACAGUCCCCAAUUACAGCUCUUCCACUCUGAUUUUCCCAUCUUCUCUCUUCCCACUGUUAUGCUUCCAUAUCGACAAAACCAACCGGACGUGAACCAACCUUAUCAACCUUCGUAUCCUGCUCAGCACACUAACCCUAACGAUAACCAAAUCAACCACAAUACUGACAAAAACACAAAAAACAAAAAAAAUACAAAAAUUAUAAAAAUCUCUGAAAACACUCUCAAUCCCACCAUACAAAACAUCCCUAUUAAUGCUGCUCAAAGCCCCAAUCACAAUAGAACCCUUCCUCAUAUCCUUUCCAAUCCCACCAGCAACCUCAACAAUGAUCAUUCUCCGGUCCAUUCUGUGCCAAUUGGACCCUUGAUUCUCUCUCCCCAAAUUACGAACAGAAACCCCAAUCACAAUCACACCCAACUUCCUGCAAAGGUCACCACUUUUCUUACCAACCACCUUGUUUCCUCUCGACAAAAUCCUGUUGCUGCCAAUCCCAGUCCAAAUCCUGAUCCAAACUCGAACUCUAAUUUGCCCAUUAAUACUGCUGUUUCCAAUGUUCCAAAUGCUCCCAACACAUUGAAUAAACAAAUCAGAUCAAACACAUCCUCUGAUAUCCAAUUACCAAAUGUCUUUGAUACUUACCAAAAUGCUACUGCAAACACUCUACCUCCUCCAAUUUCUUCUUAUUUACGCUCAAUCCCUUAUGAAUAUCAGAAUAACAGUAACCAUACUGAUGCUAACAUCGAUAAUAGUUUUUAUUCCAACACUCCAUACACAACCAGAAACAAUCCCACUCCACAAAGUCAUAUAAACAGAAAUUACACUCCCAUUCCUGAUUAUAGUCAAAAUCAAAAUCAAAAUCAUGAUUGCAAUUCUAAUCGCCCUUAUCCAUAUUUACAGGACCCUCAAAACUAUCCUCAUUACCAAUCCCAAAACCAAUUCCAUCGUUCUUCUCAUGCAAACACUUCAGGCUAUGAUCAAUUGCUGUUUAAUCCGGCUAAUUCCAACCAAAAUUAUUCUCCACAAAAUUUACCUAUUCCACAUAAUUCUCAAAACCAGUCUCCCAAAAACACUCAAAAUACUCAAUCCAUUCCUCCUUAUAAUCUCACUUCUCCUAUCACUCUAAAUCCAUCUUCCUCGUACAUUUUAAGCCAUCCCCCAGAAAACUUGAGUCUACAAGUUUUCCAUCCACCAAGACCUGUUCAGUAUACCAACCAAUAUCGUUAUUCUAACAACCAAAAUCCAAACUAUCAAUCACCACCUCCCCUAUCUUCUCGUCAACAUCUCUUGCGAUCUCCAAAAGUAACUCAACCAACAACAGCACAAAUUAAUUCUCACGACCAGUCUCCAAUUUAUCCUCGACAUGAUUCCGAAUCAACUUUCCAAUCACACUCUAGAAGAACCUCCCAAACUCGCUCUUCAAUCAACACAGCUUCAAUUCCAACUUCUUCAGCUUUUAAUCACAGAGAUCGCUCUUCUACAACUUUAUCAAUUGGAAUUGAGUCCUUAAUUCACUCUCAACCUGAAACUGAAACAAAGCCUGAAAUUUUCAAUCAGCAGAGAAUUCGUCCACUAAUUCCUGCAAUCUCAAACGUCCCCAUCUGUAAAGGAACCUCAAAGCAUUUCUUUAAAUUAGAAAAUAAAAUCGCAUUAUUAAAAGAAGUUCUUUGUAACAAUCCGUUUGCAGAUUUCAAUAACUGGAAAAUCAUUAGCGAUAACUAUAACAUUUGGACCUACAAUAAUCAGCCCGAUAGAUUUUAUGCCGCUAACAAUUAUUUACCAAGAAAAGUUAGAGAAUUAAUGAAUGAUUAUCAUAAAGAAUUUAUUGCGAAACUGCAGGAAUCGCUAACCAAGUCAAAAAACAAUGAUAGAAAUACCGACAAUAAUGAUAGUGAUGACGAUGACGACGACGAUGAUGAUGAAGAUGAUGAAGAUAAUAAUGACGAGGAAAUGAAUCUGCACCAAGUUUCUCCCUCUGUUAUAUCAGUUUCAUCAAUUCCUUCUACCUCAAAUUUACAUCAAAGAAGACUUUCCAUUUCCAAUGAAAGCGAUCUGCUGAGAAUUAUAAACGAUAACUUAAAUAAUAACUUUUAUCAAAUGAGAAAUGAAAACAAUAAAGAAUUUCGAGAGCUAUUGCAAAAAGUUUACGAAAUUCAGUGUGAAGUCAAAUUACCCGAAAAUAAGAAAAAGAGAAAACUUGUCACUACUACAAGUUCUAAUAAAAAGAUAUUAUUAGACGUAGUUUCCAAACAAAAAACUUCAAAUGAAAAAAUAAAUAAAGAGAAAGAGAAAGAGACAGAAAAAGAAAAAGAAAAAGAAAAAGAAAAAGGAAAAGAAAAAGAAAAAGAAAAAGAAAGGGAAAAGGAAAAAAUUAAAGCAAGAGGAAGAGGAAAAGGAAAAGGAAAAGGAAAAGAGAAAGAAAAACCAAGAGGAAAACAAAAACAAAAACAAAAACUAAAGAACAGAAAAAGACAAAAACCAAAAGUUAAUGCUAAAGCAAAAAGCAAACAAAUUGUUUUAAAUAACAACCACAAACUCCAAGAUUUUCUAAUAUGCCCUGAAGGCGAUAACUCUGGUGACUCUGAUGAUAGCUAUAAUGAUGAUGAUGAUUCAAACAGAUAUGGAGAUUAUAAUGACAAAAAUAGGAAGAAAAACAAAAAUGUUGACAAUAAAGGUGAUACUAAUGAUAUUAGCCAACAAAGUGCUCAAAGUGAUGAUGAAUACGAUAAUAGCGAUAAUAGUAAUGGCACUAAAAAUGGAAACGAAAAUAGCGAAGAAAACGAGACUCAAAGCAAUGAAAGCACUGGUAACGAUGGCACUGGUGGUAGUGAAGAUAGUGAUGACAGUUAUGAUAGCAACAACUAUUCAUACACAGCUAUUGAUUUAGAAGCAAUAAAGCAUCAUAACUUUUAUGAAAAGAGUAAUACACCAAUCUUUUUGGCAGCCACAUUGCGAAACUUGGAGAUAAUAAAUAACAAAUUGUUAAGAAAUGAGAAUAUUGAUAGAAUCACAAUGGGAUUGCCAGCCAAAAGUGUGCCAUUUUUGAAUAAAAAAAAUAAAAAAGACAUAAAAUUACCAAGAAUUCGUACAUCGCUUGAUAUUGAAAAUUUAUCAUUAAAACAUUUGAAUUUUUAUUUGGAAAACUACGCUAUUGAAAUAGAUGAUGAAUUCAAGAAUAAUAUUGUUAUGAAGAAAAAAGAGUUGGCAUGUUUUUUAGGUAUAUUGGCUCCUAAUAAUUAUUCAGACCUAACAAGAAAUUAAAAUAGUUUGAUUUGAUUUGAUUUGAUUUAAUAUGAUUUGAUUUAUUUUAUUUGCAUAAUGUAAUAUAUAACAUAAAUGACUUAAAUGACUUUUAAAUUCUUUUUAUGUUAAUUUUUUUCACUUUUUAUUUUUAUUUUUACUUUUUUAUUUUAGUAUUGAUUUUCAUAUAAUC